AUGUCGCCUCCUCGUGUCACUUCGUCGCUCCCGCACGGAAAGUUAUCAGGAAUUGGCCUGGAUGAUAGUGGACGUGGAGGCAGUGGGCACCUGCGUGAGUUCUGCUCGAGUAGAAGUAGCUCCACCCUGCACUUUUGCUUACCUCAAGGUUUGUCGAGCGCUGCCAGUAUCAUAGAAAUACUGGCAGACCACGGCUCUACGGUCAUCAUGAACGACGGCAACAGGGACAACAGCAUGCAAAAUCCCUGUGGGGCAUCCAAAUCACGAAACACCCGUAGGAGACAAAAAUACAAAACGGAAAAAUGA